UGUCAGUGGACUUAUGUGACAGAACAAAAAUCAAAACACAAACACGUGAAGGAAACGAAACGAUACACAAACUGCGUUGUUUCAGCUGUUUCGUUAAAAGGUGUUGUAAAUUUAAGUGAAAUUUGUGAAUUUUUGAAAUUCCCUUCAAAACAGCUGCAGGAUGAGUUCUCGCCGCGGUGACGGCGGCCGCCGGACCCGUGCCCAGAAGCACCAGAAUUCGUUCGCGUUCAAGAACGACCUGCACGACAAGCACACGCCGCUGAUCAAGCUGAUUAGCAACCUGAACGUGUGCGAAGUUUGCGAGCGCUGCAAGGAGCAGAUCGAGUGGAAGAUCAAGUACCGGAAGUACAAACCGUUGACGCAGCCCAAAUCCUGCAACAAGUGCAACGAGCGCAAGGUCAAGCGGGCGUACCACGUCCUGUGCCGGGACUGUGCCCUGGCCAGCCGGUGCUGCGCCAAGUGUUUGGCGCCGGCCGAUGAGACGCACAUUGUUCCACCGGAACCGACCGACGUCGAGAAGCAGAAGCUGAAGGUAGAGAUGGACCAUCUGAUCAAGUCGCUGCCGGAGCGGAAGCGGCGCACGUUCCUGCGAUACAUGAACAAAGGCAAGAAGAAGGAAAAGAAGGAUUCGGACGGAGAGGAUUACGAGGAAGACAAGAAGAAGAAACCGGCCGGAGUUCCGCACACGAGGGCUGAGUUGAUGGAAAAGUUCGAGCAGCUGAAGUUGUCCACCGUGGAAGGGGACGUGGAUAGUCUGUUCUCGGAUGAUGACGACGACGACGAUGACUAUGAAGACCUCAGUGAUGAACAUUCUUUGGGUUAGGUCGUGGUUAGGUUUAUCAUAAAUUAAUGUUGCUUUUUCUUCAAAUGGUUGAAAUAAUGAAAAUAAUAUAUUUUUGCCCU